ACAUAACCGAGUUUCUUUCGUCCCUUGGCUCUAUCGUCAAUUUCAAUCAUACACUCUUCAUCGAAAUGCUCAAACCGGCACUGAGUACUUAUCUGGACACUGAAAGCUCUGGCAGCUCUUCUUUGUAUUCAAGUACCUUGUCUUUGCAUAGACCUAAUUCGUCAGCCCUUCGGCCGUUAACACCCCUGACGACCGAAAAUUUGCAUUACCACUCCCGAUACACUGCUGAGGAAUCGAGUCCCGAAGAACUCGUUAGGAGAUUUCAAGCGUCGUUGGACCGGGAGAAAAUGAUCUCCCCCACGUCCUCGACGUUUAGACGAUCGAAACGAUCAAGAAGUAGCAUGAGCCAAGAUACGUUCAUUGAAACUCCACAAUAUUCAAUGUUCCCAUAUCACAAUGAUUCAUUCAUGCUACCUACAACACCUCGCUCAUCGUCCAAUUCAACAAGAUCUCCAUGGGCAAGUAGUACGGUGGUAGGAGAGAUGUCAUUCGAGACAACUCGGGCUCGAGCUGCAGCACUAGGCGCAGAUCGUCCCGCCACCAAAAGCGACCCCUCUCUUCUUCUUUUGACAAGCAAGUCACAUCAUACUGCUGCUUUUAGCGCUAAUACAAAGCGAGCAUCAUUGCCCCAUGAUUCAGAGCUAAAGCUACUAUACACCGAGGCUCGUCGGCCAUCGAAACUGUCCGUCACCAUCUCAAAACUGCUGCAAUGGCUUACCCCUGCCGGGGUAAAAACACGCAAAGAUUUACGCAGGCGUACAUCUCGAAGUUGGCAUAUCCGUAUGGAAGAUUGAUCGCAACAAGUUCCAACGCAAUCCGACCUCCUUGCAUCAAUGCACUCCUUACAAUACCACGAGUAGAGAGUAUCUCUGCGUGCAUACAUUUACUGACCGUCCGUUAAUGUUUAAUUGAUUCGAUCGCACAGGAUGCAAUCGACGUCUUAUCAUGAUUUUGUCACAAUUCUGACUCUCCCACAUCUUUAUCUUUCUUUUUGGGUAAUUAUGGUGCUUUUGCGCCUAUGGUCGUGUUCAUAUCUCUUCUGGCUUUUCUUGGUUUCUUUUUUGUAUAUUUUUUCUUUUCUUUUUGGAAAUGAGUAUUUUUGCGAAAUAAAAUAAAUUCAAGCUGCAUUAUUCUAAC